AUGUGCAAAGGUGUUUCCGAAGCUGGACCUACGAUCGGGUUACUUGAUAAGUCGAUCCAUAAGACGGAGUUCCGUACCAGAUACAGCUCCUACAAAUACCUAGUGAUGCUGUUCAGACCCUGCAAUGCACCAGCGACGUUCCAGGCGGAGAUGAACCAUAUCCUACGGCCCCUACUAGACGAGUGCGUAGUGGUGUAUCUGGACAACAUACUCAUCUACUCCAAGAACAUGAAGGAGCACGUGCAGCAUCUAUGGAAAGCCUUCGAGAUCCUCGGAAAGUCUACGUGA